GCGGCACAAAACCAAGAACCUACUCCAGCUGCCAUGCGACUAGCCGCCAUGGAGACCUCCCCUCAUCUAAAGCUCUUCACGCUUGCCCUGCUACUAGCCUCGAUUCCCCACGGCAUGGCGGCUCCACCCCCAUCCCUCCUGGAAGAACAGGCAGGCGCCCUCCUUGCCUGGAAAGCCACCAUACAGAGCCCCCCAGCCCAGCUCCAAUCCUGGGGAAACACCACAACACGGCCAUGCGGCUGGUACGGCAUCAAGUGCGGCAAGCAUCCAGCGAGGAACCAGGAGGUGGUGAUCACUAAGAUCUCUCUCCGGGGGCUGCAGCUGAGAGGGAGGCCAGAGACCCUCAACUUCACCGCGUUGAGUACUCUCACGAGUAUCCAGCUCUCCAACAAUCAGAUAAGGGGCCCCUUUCCACCCGCUUUAGCAUCAUCCUUGCCAAACCUGCAGCACCUAAUACUCCUGGGGAAUAAAAUCUCCGGUGAAAUACCGACGCAAAUAAAACACCUAGGAGGUCUUGUGACGUUGGAUUUGUCAUACAAUCAAUUAUUUGGUCGCAUACCCAGAGAACUAGGCUACCUAGAGAAUCUCGUGUGGGUAGAUUUUGGCACCAACAAACUCACAGGCCCUAUUCCAGGAAAUCUGGGGAAUGUGAUUAAACUCACUUUCUUGCACCUUCAUGGUAAUCAGUUAUCCGGAUAUCUUCCUCGAGAAUUAGGUUGCCUGGUGAAUCUAAAACACUUGGCCCUUAACACCAACAAACUCAUGGGUCCCAUUCCCGAUACCUAUGGGAGUUUGAUUAACCUCACUAUGUUGGUUUUAUGGGAUAACCAACUCUCAGGGCGUAUUCCGCAAACAGUAGGUUACCUGGUGAAUUUGCGAUCGUUGGAACUUGAUAAUAACAAACUCACGGGUUCCAUCCCCAAUACCUUUGGAAAUUUGACCAAGCUCAACACUUUGUACCUAUUUGAUAACCAACUCUCUGGGGGCAUUCCUCGAGAACUAGCUUCCCUGGUGAAUCUAAGGGAUUUGGAAGUUAACAAUAACAAACUCACGGGUUAUAUCCCUGGUAAUUUUGGAAACUUGACAAAGCUCAACAUCUUGUACCUAUAUGAUAACCAAUUCUCUGGGGGCAUUCCUCGAGAAGUGCGCUCCCUCGCGAAUCUAAGGGAUUUGAGUCUUAGCAAAAACGGACUCGUGGGUUCCAUCCCCAAUACCUUUGGAAAUUUAACCAAGCUCAAGACCUUGUACCUUUACGGUAACCAACUCUCCGGAGGCAUUCCUCGAGAACUAGGUUCCUUGGUAAAUCUAAGGGAUUUGGAUCUUAGCAAUAACAAACUCACGGGUUCCAUCCCCGAUACCUUCGGAAAUUUAACCGAGCUCAGUACCUUGUACCUCUUUGAUAACCAACUCUCCGGACAUGUUCCUCGAGAACUAGGUUCGCUUGUGAGUCUAGAAGACUUGGAACUUUCCAACAACACAAUCAUGGGCCCCAUCCCCAAUACCUUUGGAAAUUUGACCAGGCUCACUACCUUGUACCUCGGCGAUAAUCAGUUCUGCGGACAUGUUCCAGAGGAAAUUGGCACCUUAAUGGAUCUCAAAUAUCUACAACUUGAUGGUAACAAUCUCUCUGGUCCAUUGCCACCUGAGUUGUGUGCUGGAGGCAUGCUCAAGAGACUAACCGCAUUUGGCAACAAUCUCAAGGGACCUCUACCAUUAAGUUUACUAAACUGCAAAAGCCUAGUUAGAGUUCGCCUUGAAAGUAAUCAAAUAGAAGAAGAUAUUUCUGAGAUGGGAGUUUAUCCAAAUCUGGUCUACAUGGAUAUGAGCUCAAAUAAAUUGUUUGGUCAAUUAUCUUAUCACUGGGGAGGAUGUCAUAAUCUUACAAUGCUAAGAAUCUCAAACAACAACCUUACCGGGGAAAUACCGACAAGUUUGGGGCAACUAUCUCAACUAGGGAUACUUGAUCUUUCGUCAAACAAGCUUGAAGGAGAGAUUCCAAGUGCCCUAGGCAAUCUAAGAGAAUUGUUCAACCUGAGCCUCGCGGAAAAUUUGUUCCAUGGUAGCAUUCCACGGGAAAUUGGAGCAAUGUCGAGUCUGGAAUUACUGGAUUUGUCAUCAAAUAACCUUAAUGGUUUGGCGCAAGACUCAAUCAAGAAUUGUUUGAGGCUUCGCCUUUUGAAGUUGAAUAACAAUAACUUCAAAGGAAACAUCCCCGCCGAGCUAGGGUUAUUGCGCAACCUACAUGACCUGUUGGAUUUAAGUGAAAAUUCAUUUACCGGAGCAAUACCAAGCCAACUUAGUGGUUUGGUCAUGCUAGAUACUCUUAAUCUGUCACACAAUGAACUUAAUGGCUCCAUCCCGUCAUCAUUUCAAAAUAUGAGAAGCUUGACAACCAUUGAUCUAUCUUACAAUGAAUUGGAGGGGCCGGUACCGGAUAGUAAGGUCUUCCAAGGAGCUUCAAUCCAGCAGUUCAUGCAUAAUAAGAUGUUAUGUGAUGUGGUGAAAGGAUUGCCCCCUUGUAGUAGUGCAAUUCAGAGCAGAGGGGAUAGGGAGGGAUACAAAAUACUUGUAUUAGCCACCAUUCCUGCCCUUAUAUCUCUUGUUGUUGUUGCGGUGCUAUUGAUGUUCUGUCAUGAAAGGAAGAAACCCAAGGAAACGAACACUGAUAAAGUAACACAAGCAAUUACCUUCUCUAUUUGGAGUGUUGAUGGGGCAAAUGUUUUCAAGCAAAUCAUUGAAGCAACCAACAAUUUUAGUGAGAUGCACUGCAUAGGAAUUGGGGGAUAUGGAUCUGUCUACAAAGCUAAACUUGCAACACGUGAAAUAUUUGCAGUGAAGAAGAUACAUAUGAUAGAAGAUGAGUGUUGCUUGAAUGAGACGGUAUUCAAUCGUGAAAUCGAGUCACUGAUGAAGAUUCGUCAUCGAAACAUCAUAAAAUUGUUUGGGUAUUGUUCGUCUAGCCAAGGUAGGUUCCUUAUCUAUGAAUACAUGGAGGGAGGAGACCUGGCAAAAACACUGAAGGACGAUAAAAGGGCAAUUGAAUUGGACUGGAGAAGGCGUAUACAUAUUAUGUUGGAUGUGGUUCAUGCAUUGGCAUACAUGCAUCAUGAUUGCUCAUCACCAAUAGUCCAUCGAGAUAUAAUGAGCAACAACAUUUUGCUUGAUCUAGAAUUUAGAGCAUGCAUAUCUGACUUCGGUACGGCUAAAGUUCUCAAUAUUUACGGCCGAAAUCACACAAGGCUUGCUGGGACGAAAGGCUAUCUUGCCCCAGAGCUAGCAUAUACAGAAAAUGUGACGGAGAAAUGUGAUGUAUACAGCUUCGGAGUGCUUGUUUUGGAGCUAUUUAUGGGAUCUCAUCCAGGCGAUUUUCUCUCGUCCCUCUCGUUGGCCAACAAGAUCAAUGUUGUGUGCCUACAGGAUUUGCUGGACCCCAGGCUCACGAUCCCUAAUGCUGAAACUGCUAGAGGAAUAUAUUGCAUGCUUAGUGUCGCAGCUCAGUGUCUGGAGCCACGUCCAUCACACAGGCCAACAGCACGACAAGCCAGUGAUGAGCUAUCUACGAUUAAAGCUCGUGGAGAUCAUGUUGAUUAUUUGCAUGCUGGUAUUACCUUUCACUAGUAGAAAAAGAGGCUUCCAUACGCCUCCAUUAUAGUCCCCAAAAUAAUCGAACCGCGAUUAAAGGGGUCUUUAGUCGCGGUUCGGGAGGAGGCCCGCGACCAACUAUCUGGGCCC